GUUAAUUUCUAACUUAGCUGUCACCAAUCUUCGUUCAAUGGAAAGCACAAUGCCCCAUAUAGCCCUCCUUGCAAGCCCUGGAAUGGGGCACUUGAUUCCAGUGCUAGAGCUUGCCCAACGCCUCGUCUCCCAUCAAAGCUUCAAAGUGACGCUCUUUGUCGUUUCAACCGACCAUGCCUCCAUCACAAACACCCAACUUCUUCAAUCACUGGCAGACUCCGAUGACGAUGGUGAUCUCCUUGAUAUUGUUUUAGUCCCUUUCGUUGACGUUUCCGACAUAGUCGGACCUGGUGUUUCGUUUGUAGACCAAAUAGUGGUAGCCGUCCUACGGUCUUUGCCGUUUCUCAAAACUGAAAUCUCUAAGAUGGAGUCUCCUCCCUCCGCUCUAGUCGUCGAUAUGUUCGGAACUAGUGCUUUGGGGAUUGCCGAUGAUUUCAACAUGUUAAAGUUCGUGUUCGUAACUUCUAACGCAAGGCUUUUUUCAGUUAUGUUGUGCACGCCGGAGAUGGAUAGAAAAGAGAUCGAUGAGCAUGUAAAGAACCAAACGCCACUCAACAUUCCAGGUUGCAAGCCACUUAAGUUUGAGGAUACCUUCGAAGUUUUUUUCAUGGAUCCCAGCGGUCCGUCGUAUCAGGGAUUUAUCGACGCCGUUAUUAAAAUGUCUUUGUCUGAUGGGAUCUUGGUGAAUACUUGGGAUGAACUCGAACCAUUUAGUCUUAAAGCCUUGAAAGAAACAAAGAAGGCACCCAUAUACCCGGUUGGUCCACUAGUGAGACCGACUAAAAAGUCUGUUUUAUGUAAUGAAAUAAUAGAUUGGCUCGACAAACAACCGAAGGAAUCGGUGAUUUAUGUUUCCUUUGGGAGUGGUGGAACCUUAUCAACCCAACAAGUUAUAGAGCUAGCUUGGGGGCUGGAACUUAGCCAACAAAGGUUCGUUUGGGUAGCUCGUCCUCCUAUUGAAAAUGACGCAGCAGGGAACUUUCUCGCUUUGGGGAAUGGAUCUGAUGGCACCCUAAAUUACCUGCCUGAAGGGUUUUCGGCUAGGACCCAAGAUCUUGGACUAGUGAUCCCAAUGUGGGCACCUCAAGUGGAGAUACUGAGUCAUCCCUCGAUUGGUGGGUUUUUAACACAUGGUGGAUGGAACUCAGCCUUGGAGAGUAUAAUUAAUGGGGUGCCAAUGAUCGUAUGGCCGCUUUAUUCGGAGCAGAAGAUGAAUGCUGAUAUAUUGACGGAAGAUAUUGGAGCAAGUAUCCGAGUAACAAUGAAACCUGAUAGAGUGGUGGGGAGAGAAGAGAUAAGAUCGAUGGUUAGCAAAAUAAUGAUAGAUCAUGAAGGACGGAACAUACGAACUAGGAUCAAAGAGCUAAAGAAUAGUGCAACAAAAGCUGUGGUCGAAGGUGGUUCUUCUUAUACUUCACUGUCUCAACUUGCAGAGAUUUGUAUUCAACGUCUGAAAACAAAGGCCUAUGGGGCUUGA